ACAAAAUGUGGAAAAAGUGAAGCGCUGUUAAUAAUGUACGGAUGCCCUGUAUUUGAGGCACUUGGCCACUUACUCUUGAAGAAUAACGCUUCUGACUCGUUAUGGCCAACCACGUGUUGCAGCAAGUUCACAGUCCACAGGUGAAGCAACCCGGAAGAGACGGUGUCACGGAGCCGGGAAGGAUGGCGCUGCUGAGGGUGGGGACUCCAUUGUUGCACCUUCAGAGGAACAGUCUCAAUAAUGUCUACAUCCAAAGACUUGGAGUUAGAGGAAAACAAUCCUGUCCAAUCCAAGUGAGCCGUCUCGAUCAUUUGGUUCUUACAGUGAAAAGUGUGACAGACACCAUCAACUUCUACUCCUCGGUCCUUGGAAUGGAGGUUGUCAGUUUCAAGGGAACCCGUAAGGCCCUGGCCUUUGGGCAGCAGAGGUUUAACCUUCACCAGCUGGGUCAGGAGUUUGAGCCCAAAGCCAAGCAUCCAACUGCAGGCUCUGCAGAUCUGUGCCUCCUCACCAGAACCCCCCUGGCUACCGUAGCUGCACAUCUGAAGGUUUGUGGGGUGCAGAUCGAGGAAGGCCCGGUGGAAAGGAGCGGGGCCGUGGGAAACAUCACCUCUCUUUACUUUAGAGAUCCGGACCACAAUCUCAUCGAAGUGUCAAACUGUAAGCAGUCAACAUCACAGGACACUUCUUAAGUUUCUUGAAGUCAAUAUUACCCCAAAAUUAACAUACUUUUCCCUGUCGCCUGGCAACAUAGUUGUAGUUAUGACUCCACAAAGGUGUCAAAAAAUGCUGUUAGUCAUUGUCAUUAUGUAUUACUUUGUGAUCAACAAAUGACCCCUUUUCAUUAGAGGUAUAUUUGGUUUUCAUAUGAAAUAAAUAAAAGAUGAAUACAACAAUGGUUGUAAAUGAACCCUACAGAAUUAAAUACAUAUGUAAUAACAGAUACAUAACAUAACCCUGUCAAUGGAUCGGUUUCUUAUGUCUUAUUUAUUUUCAAUUUAUUUCCAUUUGUUGAGAAAAACAUGUGUGAAUCCCCCCCUCCUGAUUGUACACUUGUGUGAUUUUGUUUGAAACCAACUUGCGACGUUCUGCGUUGUCAUGGUUACCUAUCACUUUUUCGUCAGUCGGUUGCGCGCAAACAAUGAUGAUACUGAGCUAAAUGUGUAAGCAAAUAAAACGAGUGGCCCCGUGAAAGCAGAGUAUUAAAUGAUAGAUCAUGAAUUCCAAUGGUAAAUAUAGUCCUCGAAACUAUGUUGUAAAUGUGCAAGACCUUAGUCCUGAUUACUUUCUCCAUCAAUAUUUACUUAUGUUAAUAUUUAAUCUGAACA